CAAGAAUAUCAACCAAAAGUUUGGGGAAUAAUUGUGAAAGUGAUAUACUGGUAUAGAUAUACGUUGGGUCUUCUCGAAAGUCCUGGCUUCGUUCAACGGUCAUCCACUCUAUCGAACAUCUCCGAGAAGUAAACAGCAACCCCCACUUCAGCUGCGGAACAUAGUCCGCAUCUCCCCACCACCGCCGGACAGCUUCACUCUUCUAGAGCACUACCUCAACCCGCACACCUCUCGUUGGACGAUAAUGGACAUAUGAUACCUCUCAUUGCGCGCUGAUAUACAUACUCCAACAACUCUCCCCUCCAAAUGGCGAGCUCAACACCACCGACAUCCGCGCCGUCGGACCGCCCAGUAUUGCGGAGAGACAAACACGUCAAAUACUGGCUGCGAUGCCUCAAAACGUUUCUCCCCUCAGCGUAUACAUCCAUGGACACGAAUCGCAUGACGCUAGCAUUUUUCAUCGUCUCCGCACUUGACUUGCUCUCUGCUUUAGACUCGUCUGUAUCAGCCGACGAACGCUCCGACUACAUUCGCUGGAUCUACAAAUGUCAGCAUCCCAGCGGCGGGUUCCGGGGCUUUUCUGGGACGAAUCUAGGCGCAGCCACGACGGAGGAGAACAGGCAUUGGGACACUGCGAGUGUUGCUGCCACAUACUCUGCGCUAGCAACACUGAUAAUUCUCGGAGACGAUCUGAAACAAGUGCGCAGGAAAGAGACACUUGCGUGGCUGAAGCGCAUGCAGCGCGACGAUGGAAGCUUCGGAGAAGUCAUGACCGAGGGCGGCCGUAUAGAAGGCGGGAGAGAUUCCCGAUUCUGCCAGUUCGCCGCCGCUAUUCGAUGGGUCUUGAAGGGAACAAAAUCCGUCGAGGAUCUCGGUGUGCAGGAUAUAAACGUUGAUGCGACGGUGAAGUAUAUAUUGUCUUCAGAGACUUAUGAUGGCGGCAUUUCUGAAGGACCAUUUUUUGAAGCUCAUGCUGGCUUAACGUUCUGCUCACUGGGCGCGCUAUCCUCCCUCGGACGACUAAAUAAGCUUUCACCUGCUCCAAACGCUUCUUCUGCAUCACAAGAACUAAGAGCUCCCAGCUCUCCAGAGACGCUGAGCCGAUGGCUCGCCUCGCGACAAACACAGACGGUCGAAGAGCCUGACGAGGAGAACACAUACGGCGAUGAGACGGAUUCGCCCGCAACAUGCCAUGACCGACAUGCUUUUAUCAGUCUCCCGCCGGCGAAUUUACAGGCGAUAAUAGACCCAUAUUCCAAAGAUGCGCACGGAGAGUGUAAUACAAGUACGGAUGGGACGCAACAGAGGCCGGAAUCCCUUCGUUGGGCGGGCUUCAAUGGCCGCGCAAACAAGAUUGCCGAUACAUGCUAUUCAUUCUGGGUGCUAGGUUCUCUGGGGAUAUUAGACGGCCUGCAUGUAAUCGACCGCGAAGCCGCACGUAAUCAUCUCCUCGAGAAGACGCAGCACCUGAUUGGCGGGUUUGGGAAAAUCACCGGCGAUCCUCCUGAUCUCAUCCAUUCCUAUCUCGGCCUCGCUGCCCUCGGAGUCGUUAAUACUGCUACUGCUGCUCCUCGGGAUACCCAACCCCACAUAUACGAGCUAUACGAGCCUCACGUCCGGCUUUUAGACCCAACACUCUGCAUCAGUCUUCGCGCAAAAGACCAUCUCACCUCCCAUGUCUGGACCUCUUGGUAA